GUCGAAUCAAAUCCUUCAAACCAACCGACAGCCAGCCCUUUGUCCUUGGCCUCCCAACCGGUAGCAGCCCCGAAAUCAUCUACAAGACCCUUGUCCGCCGUCACAGAGCGGGCGACGUCUCUUUCAAACAUGUCGUAACCUUCAAUAUGGAUGAAUAUGUCGGGUUGCCUCGUGAUCACCCUGAAUCGUACCACAGUUUCAUGUACAAGCAUUUCUUCUCGCACGUCGAUAUUGCGCCACAAAACAUCAACAUUCUUGAUGGGAACGCCCCAGACCUUGCGGCAGAGUGUGCCUCUUUUGAGGCGCGAAUUGCACGUUACGGCGGUAUUGAACUCUUCUUGGGUGGCGUCGGACCCGACGGCCAUAUCGCAUUUAACGAACCGGGAUCCUCAUUGAGCAGUCGUACCCGUGUGAAAACCCUGGCCUAUGACACUAUCCUAGCCAACUCUCGGUUUUUCGGCAAUGACAUCGAUAAAGUUCCUCGAAUGGCGUUGACGGUGGGAAUCCAGACGAUUAUGGAGGCACGAGAGGUCGUGAUUGUCGCAACUGGGGCUCACAAGGCACUGGCAGUGGAAAAGGGUCUUGAGGGUGGCGUGAACCAUAUGUGGACGCUAUCUGCCCUACAGCUACACCAGCACCCACUGAUCGUUUGCGACCGCGAUGCAACCCUGGAGCUCAAAGUUAAGACCGUCCGGUACUUCGAGUCCAUUGAGAAUUCUGGUACGGACGCACGAACGCAGGGUCCUCCUUUGGUCUAUCGUCCGAGAACCUACGUGCCCGCCCCUAUCGGGGUGGUCAAAUCCCACCAGCAGCCUACCCCGUUGUGCACACCAACCAAAGUACCUAAGGAUCUGAGGAUCAACACGGAGCUCAGCCAGACGAUUGAGGAUGACGAGCUUACACCGGAUAGCAUGUCCUCUCGGAUGGUCGAUUCUGCUAUCAGUGGUUUGGAUUCGACCCUGAAAGAUGAACUCAUGUUUGAUCGGAUGGGCACUAGAGUUGUGUCUUGAAAAGCGUUUUGUGCAGGAGUUGAGCUAUCAUGACAAAUGAAGCUGAUCCAGAUACCGAGUACGUAAGAAAAUCUCACGGGUGUUUUACAGACCGAUUGUGGGAUUAUUUUUAAGUACAAGUAUAUCUGACAAGUCAACGCACAUUUUCGUUCCUUGAUUGGCUUACUUUUUUUUUAUCUCCCCCCUAUCUAGCUUGUUGCUCUGUCCUUUUCUUUUUCCCUCCGAGCGUUUUUCCUCCCUACACAUCACAAGGAGUUCCUAUCGUUAUGAUUGCUAUGUGAAAGUCUG